AUGGGACGUGGGAAAGUAAAAGUAAACUUCCUAUGUUCGUUCGAUGUGGUUGCAAAACCUGAUCGUGUUUUGCAGAAACAGUACAAAGGGAAGGGGGACAACGGGGCCGCCACCACCACCAAGCGAACUAACGAAUGGGGAGUACCUUCCGAAAAUCCCAAGUUCCGAGCAUAUUACGAAGCACAAAACAUCAUGCCUGCUGCUGAAUGGCCUGCCUUCAUAAACAGCAUGAUGGCUCCUCUUCCGACUACAUUUCGUGUUACUGGGAGUCGCGCUACCGCACAAGAACUUAAUGAACUCAUCAAGGCGCAGUACCUUCCCUCUCUCACUGGGAUAACCUUCGAGGACCAACCCAUCGAUCCGCCAAAGCAGAUCUCCUGGUACCCACAAGGUCUUGUUUGGCAACUCAAUCUUGCCAAGCGGGUACUACGCAAGUUGCCCGAGUUCCGUGCUUUUCAGCUCUUCCUUGUGUACGAGACCGACGCAGGCAACAUAUCCCGCCAGGAACUAGUUAGCAUGAUUCCUCCUUUGUUGCUGGACGUCCAACCACACCACAUCGUGAUGGACAUGUGCGCUGCUCCCGGGAGCAAGUCUGCCCAGCUGAUCGAAGCUCUACACUCUGGCGACGCAGAAUCUAUCCCCUCGGGACUACUGGUCGCAAAUGACUCGGAUUAUAAGCGGACGCACAUGCUCGUGCACCAGGCUGGGCGGCUCGCCUCCCCAGCACUGAUGGUCACCAACGUGGACGCAUCACAUUUCACCAAUAUCAAGGUACCUGCCGAACCUCCGAAUACGGGCCUGGUCAACCUCAAGUUUGACCGGAUUCUCGCGGAUGUGCCUUGUACAGGAGAUGGGACGCUCAGGAAGAAUAUCAACAUUUGGCGGGACUGGAGUAUCACAGCCGGAAACGGGAUGCACAGCCUGCAGCUCCGUAUCCUUCUCCGGGGAAUGAAGAUGCUCAAGCCUGGGGGACUGAUCGCCUACAGCACCUGUUCUCUUAAUCCAGUGGAGAACGAAGCAGUCCUUGCCGCCGCUAUAAAUCAGUCUUCGGACGAGUUUGUCUUGGCAGACGUAUCGGAUCGGUUGCCAGGCCUUGUUACACGGCCGGGCAUGAGCAAAUGGACCGUGGCGAUCGACAGGGAGGGUACGCUGAAGGACACAUUUGCAGAGUAUGAGGAGGCCAUGAAAGACAGCACGGACACGCGCAAGAGGGUGCUCGAGUCCUGCUGGCCGCCUCAGGAUGUCGGUGAUCUCCAUCUUGAGAGAGCGAUGCGGAUCCUCCCUCAAGAUCAAGACACAGGCGCAUUCUUCGUUGCACUUCUUCGAAAAGUAGCGAAAACGGAAUUGCCUUCUUCAACUGCACAGGAUACAACAUCACAAAAGCGCAAAGCUGAAGAGGAACUUGACGGUCAGCCAGGACAAAAGCGUGCAAAGGUGGAGGCUGAGGAGGAACCAGAGGGCCAGACGGGUGGAACUUAUGCUGAGCAACCUUUCCGCUAUAUAGCAGAAGACAACGCUCAGAUGCAAGAGGGAUUGAAAACGCUUAAUCUGCUGCCUUCCUUUCCCUCCAAUCUUCUAUUCGCACGCAGUUCCAAAGCUGAAUCCAUCCGCUCUGUCUACCUCACAAAUUCCAUUCUCAAGACCAUCUUGCAACAUAACGACAUUGCGAAGAUUCGGCUCAUCAACUGCGGCACUAAGGUCAUCGCAGACCACGGCACACCGCAGGCGGGGAAGGCAUUCAGGUUCAUGCAUGAUGGCGUGUCGUUGAUCCUACCGCACAUCAAACCGGAGGGGAUCUUGCAUGCAAGCACGGCAAACCUGAAAAUUCUCUUAGCUAGCUACAAUCCCACAUUUGAGGAGCAGGAAGAACCCUUUCGCACGGCUCUGCGAAACAAGACCGGAACAAGCUAUCUUGUCCGUGUAGAGCCCACAGAAUCCGAAAUCCUGAAACAACCGUUCAUCCUCCCUCUCUGGAGGGCAGCUGCUUCUGCCGGUCUUUUGCUGGACAAGAAAGCGCGAAGCGCCUUAUCCCUUAGGGUAUUCGGAGAAGAUGUGUCCCCUGCUGGGAAGGACCAGGAAAAGAACGCGAAGGAGAAAGAAGACAAGGCAGAGGAAGCUGAUGUUGAGGCUGCCGUUGCCGUUGAGGAGGCUGAACUGGCAGAUCUAGAAUUAGAGGAUAAGCGCGUUGAUAUAGAGGAAACAGCAGGGCCGGAACGAGGUGAUGCCGACGUGCGGGAGGAGACUGCAGGUAUGACGCAGACUGAGAUAUCACAGAGCGCCGUUGUUCAGGGUUCCUUGGAGGGUUGA